ACAGCAGAGUAGGUAAGAGUAUAGCUUUGGUUUCUGAAGCCCUAAGGUUCAGAAGAGAAAUUGGUGUUUAUAAGAAUAAGAAUAAGGAAAAGCAGCGGGGCGGCGGUGCAGUGGUCGGAGCCAUGGCGGCGCCUGAAACCCCUCUUUGUUACGUCGGUGUCGCUAGGCAAUCCGCUGCUUUUCGCCUCAUGAAGCAAAUGGGAUGGGAAGAAGGAGAAGGUCUUGGGAAAGAGAAGCAGGGUAUCAAAGGACAUGUUCGUGUUAAAAACAAGAAGGACACCAUUGGUAUUGGUUUAGAGAAGCCAAACAAUUGGGCAUUUGACACUACACAAUUUGAUGAUAUCCUCAAGAGAUUGAAAGUUCAAGCGCCACCAUCCCAUGAUGCAGACAUAGACACUAACACAGCUAAGGUGGAAACCGAGACUAGUGUUCCUGUUGAUGAUCGGGAUUCUGUCUCCAAAGCUACUAGACCACAAGGAAGGUACAAGAGAAGAGAGAGGGGGAAGCUUGUCUCUGAGUAUUCCUUGAAGGAUCUUGAAGGAAUUCUUGUCAAAAAGGGUGAAAUAUCUGGGGACACUGAUAAUUCUGAUGGUGAACCGGACUUGUUAAAGACAUCUGAAAUUCAAAACUUUGAAGAUGAAGGAAGUAAAUGUCCUGGUAUCCAUCCACCAGAGUGGUGGGGGUAUAAAUAUGGGUUUGUCUCUGGUGGAUUCCUUGGAGCAGAACGAAAGAAGAAAAAGUCCCUGAUAUCUGAAAGUGCCAAAAAUAGGACGGAGAGAACUGCAUUUUAUGAAGAAGAUCAAGAAAAACUCUACAACCUAGUCCAAGAGAAAUCUACAACGGCAAAGCAAGGACUAGGCAUCAAGGAUAGGACCAAGAAAGUAGCUGGCUGCUAUUUUCAGGGUAAAAAGACAUCAUUUGAUGAUAGUGAUGAUGAAGAUUCUGCCGACAUCGAUUCUCUGCAAAAACAAUCACAUGACUUAAUUAAAGUAGAAAAUAUUGUUGAAUCCAAAGUGAAGCUGAAAAAGUUGUGUAAACAGAUUCUAGGCAGGGUGCCUGGAGAAUCAUUGAAACUGAAACAGCUCAAAGUUCUUAUUGAUGAACAUUCAUCUUCAGUUUUGUCUGACUUUUCUUCAAAAAGAGAGGGUGUUGCAUACUUGAAGCAGAAGCUGACAGGUAGCCGGAAGUUUUGUAUUGAAGGGAAAAGAGUGCGAUUGGCAUCUAAGAGAAGCUAAAUUUUGAUACCUCUUUUGCUGCCUUUCUUAAUUAUAUUUUGGAGGAGAAAACGGGUUGGGAUUUGAGAUACGUGUGCGAAUGAGUAGAUUGCAGCUUGGAAUAUAGUGUAGCUAAGUUUCGUUUCUUAGCUUUGUCGACGAAUGUUGUAGUAAUUAAAUACCAUUUUAUGAAAUUUUGUUUUGUUUUUGUUUUAUUAUUUAUUAUUUUUUUGUACUGUGUGUUAAGUGCUUCUGUCACCUGGAUUAAAUAUUGAAAUUAUCUCUUUGUACUCAUAGGAAUAAUGGAACAUGUGCA